UAUCGAUAUAUUGUAAACAAGUAAACAGACGUGGACAUAUUAUAUUUAAUUGGAAUAGCCAAAAUUAUGCAGAAACUUGUGCUUCUUACCAGCUGUUUGCUAGCUAUUAGUUGUCAGCAAAUCCAUGCUGAAUUCACGGCUGCCGACUGUCGGGAGUUGGGCUUUAUUAAGGCCCAGUUAAUGUGCUCCAGCUGCGAAAAACUGGAUGACUUUGGUCUGGAGACCCUCAAGACCCCCUGCAAGCAGUGCUGCACUUUGGAUCAGCAGCCGGCAGCACAGCGAACCUAUGCAAAGGCAAUUCUCGAGGUGUGCACCUGCAAAUUCCGUGCCUAUCCCCAGAUACAAGCCUUCGUCCAAAGCGGCCGGCCCGCCAAGUUCCCCAAUCUCCAGAUCAAGUAUGUCCGUGGCCUGGAUCCCGUGGUGAAGCUGCUCGAUGCCGCUGGCAAGGUGCAGGAGACGCUGUCCAUAACCAAGUGGAACACGGACACCGUCGAGGAGUUCUUUGAGACGCAUCUGGCCAAGGAUGGCAAGGGCAAGAGCUCCUACAGUGUAGUUGAGGAGGCAGUCGACGACGAUGACGAUGAUUAUCUGCUUACGAAUAAAGUUUAACAUUUUAAUUCCAAUAAAAUAAAUUCCACAGUUUGAGAGUCACUAUAAGAGUGGUACAAGA